AUGGAGUCCUACCCCCCAUUUACAGAUAUUCACCACGCCGUCCCCAUGAUGUCUGGCAUCCGCCACUACCACCACCAUGAAACAUAUGAUGCCCAUGAUCAUUCUUUACCUUCCGAUCACCCUUUUGUGACUUGCGCUUCGCAAUUUCAAUUUCAGAUGUCUCCUUUUGAGCAGGCUAAAUCCGCUGAAAUUUUGACCCCGCAACCCUGGUGGAAGACUGAGAAUCAACCUUUUGGCAUGGGCUAUUUCCCCCCUGAGUUUUCAAGCUAUACAGAGGGUAUUUCCCCAUGGAAUAGCGAAAUCUCUACAAUCUCAGACCCACAAAGUCCUCGGAGUAGCAAUAGCGGCAGUAUUCCUGGAGUUAAUUGCAUCGCUUCCCCAGGAUAUCGCCAGGACGAGAUUGCCAUUUCCACCGUCGACGAGUCAACCGGAUACCCCGCGCCCAACGGACUCGUCGAAAUAGAUCACUCUAUGGUCCUCCAUAGAACUCAAACCUUCGAUAUUCCUCUCGAUCACCGUUCGCCCUUUGAAGCAGAUUUCGACCCCUGGUCCGGUAGUCAGUCGGAUCGCAACGUGACUCCAGAGCAACAAUGGUCCUCCCCACUUUCCUCGGAUCCUAUGGCUUUCCCACAGCCACAAUCACAGCUACGUCGCUCGAAGGGUCGCCCGGUAGGGACAACUUCCGCUUCAAAGGGUAUCCGCAAAUCUAUUUCUGAGCGUCGCCCAACCUCUGCGCCGGGUCGGAACCGCCGCCGUCGUGGUGCAGCUAGCAACACCGGGUCAGGCAGUGCACCCAGGACUUUCGUCUGCAGUUUCGCUCCCUACGGCUGCGAAAGCACCUUUGUUUCCAAAAACGAAUGGAAGCGCCAUGUUACUUCCCAGCAUCUCCAGCUAGGCUUUUACCGCUGCGACGUGGGCAAAUGCAGCAUCCACCAUGCUCACUCUACAUCUACAUCUACAUCCUCUUCUCCUAUUCCUCAUUCUCGCACCACUUCCAAUAUUCCUGCUCCCGGCCAACCGAACGAUUUCAACCGCAAAGAUCUAUUCACGCAACAUCAACGUCGUAUGCAUGCGCCCUGGCUCCAGUCUGGGCGUAAACGCGCCCCAGAGGAUGCAGAGCAUGCCGCUUUCGAAGCUAGUCUCGAGGAAGUGCGUCAGCGAUGCUGGGUCGGGCUACGGACUCCACCACUCCAGAGCUACUGUGGGUUCUGUAAUGAGGUAUUCUCGGGUGAGGGUAGCUGGGACGUACGCAUGGAGCAUAUUGGACGCCACUUUGAGAGAGAAGAUCGCGAGGCUUUGGGUGACGAGGUUGAGGAUUUAGCUCUGCAAGAGUGGGGGCUUAAUGAAGGUAUUCUGACUCUUGUUGAGGGCAAAUGUCGACUAGCGUCACUUUUGGGGGUUGGGUUAUAA